AUGCAGGCUCUCCGCCGUAACACUCUCUCUGCCCUUCAGAAUGCCGCUGCUGUGCAGCGACGAGCUUACAGCCAGGGCACCUCGGCUUAUGCUGAGACGGUGAACAACCUUCGCAUCAAUGGAGACACCAAGGUUCUCUUCCAGGGCUUCACUGGAAAGCAGGGAACUUUCCACGCCGAGCAGGCCAUUGCCUAUGGCACCAAGGUUGUUGGUGGUACCAACCCCAAGAAGGCCGGCACAAUGCACCUGGACAGACCUGUCUUCGCCAAUGUCCGCGAUGCCAUCAAGGAGACUGGUGCUACUGCCUCUGCUAUCUUCGUUCCUCCCCCUCUCGCUGCUGCAGGUAUCGAGGAGGCUAUUGAGGCCGAGAUGCCUCUGGUUGUUUGUAUCACCGAGGGUAUUCCCCAGCAUGACAUGGUCCGUAUUACGGAUAUCUUGAAGACCCAGAACAAGACCCGCCUGGUCGGACCCAACUGCCCCGGUAUCAUUGCUCCUGGCCAAUGUAAGAUUGGUAUCAUGCCUGGGUUCAUCCACAAGCGCGGCCGUGUCGGUAUCGUGUCUCGUUCCGGAACCUUGACCUACGAGGCUGUGAACCAGACCACCCAGGCUGGUCUCGGUCAGUCCCUCGUGGUCGGUAUCGGUGGUGAUCCUUUCUCCGGAACCAACUUCAUCGACUGCCUGCGCAUCUUCCUCGAAGAUAAGGAGACCGAUGGCAUCAUCAUGAUUGGUGAGAUCGGUGGUAGCGCCGAGGAGGAUGCCGCCGAGUUCUUCAAGGCCAACAACAAGUACAACAAGCCCGCCGUUGGUUUCAUUGCCGGUAUCAGCGCUCCCCCCGGUCGUCGCAUGGGUCACGCCGGUGCCAUCGUUAGCGGCGGCAAGGGUGGUGCUGACUCCAAGAUCGCUGCUCUCGAGAGCGCUGGUGUCACUGUCGAGAGAAGCCCUGCCCAUCUGGGUAAGACUCUGCUCGCCGAGUUCGUCAAGCGGGAUCUCAUUUAG